AGCUUGUUCUCUAGACUUAUCAAUAUAGUUUAGCCAGUUAAGGCUGAUCUUUGUGGCAAAAUUGAGACUCAUUCUAGUAGGUAGUCCUGCUAAAGUUAUGCAUUUUUUAGGGUCUCACUGUAUGCCAUAAUCCACUUCUUUGUGUGUAUGUUAUCACACAAUGUAAAUGAAUUAUUACAACAAGUUUUGGCUUGUGUUCUCAUGAAAUAGUUUGGAUGACAAUAUAAAUUUUGGAACAUGCCAAUUUUAGUGAUUUCUUUGGUGUUGAACUACAAACAAAGUAUAUAAACAGGAAGAUGUGCUAUUGGAAUAGGUUGUUCUCAAAAAUAAUAUUCAGAAACUGUUUUUGGAAAACCUUUUCACUGGGAACAUAACCGUACAGGUCAUGGUUUUCUGUUUCUAAAUUUGUCUCUGUGUCUGUUUGCCAGCAGUUAUUUCUUUUAGCUUAUUUGCUUAUGUACCAAUUUUUUGAAGCCUUAGUUUUCUAAAUAUAACCAUAAUUGACUUUCUGCAAAUUAGCACUCAUUUUAAGUAACUUACAUUUUUGGACUAGAUCCUCUUGCCAAUAAAUUAUGGGAAGGAAAAAGAAUUCUUUUAUAUGUAUUUACUUGUAAAGUUUGUUAUGGUGAAUGCAGAGUGACAUUUUCUUAAUUUGCUCAAAUGCAAUGCAAUACAAUGCACCAGACACCAUAUACUAUAAACAGGCUCGUUCCAUUCAAGAAUUGGCAAAGAAUAAAUUUGAGAGGCUAAGGAUGGAUUUUGAACGCUCUGAGAAAGAAUUGAAAUCUGAGCUGAAAACAAGAUCCAAUUCCUUAAUCAAGAAGCCAGUAAAGAAGCCAUUCUGCCGGACCUCACAGGAGCCCGUUGGCUCUGAUUUCUCCACUGGUGCCACUCUUGCCACCAUUGGAGAUGUACAGAAUGUUUCCAAUCCAAACCAAGGUGGUAAUUGUGAGAGACCUAGUAAUGCUGAUGUUGUUGUAGAGGGUAAUUCUUCCCUAGUUGAUACUAAUCCUGAGAAGGUGGAAGAACUGUCAUCAGGGAAGGGUCUGUCUAAAUGGGCAAGGAAGCAAUUUGUUUUUGAUGACAACCGCCGUGUGACGUAUAAUAUUUCCAAUCAACCAGUUGUUAGAUCAGAAUCAAUAUUUUCAACCUUUGAGGCUGAAAUUAAGCAGCUGGUUGCUGUUGGGCUUCAUGCAGAAUACUCUUAUGCUAGGAGCCUGGCUCGUUUUGCUGCAACUCUUGGACCUGUUGCUUGGAAAGUUGCCUCCCAGAGAAUUGAGCAGGCAUUACCUGCUGGUUGUAAAUUUGGUCGUGGUUGGGUUGGAGAAUACGAGCCACUUCCAACCCCUGUGCUAAUGCUUGAGAACCGAAUGCAGAAAGAACCUGGUUUAGUUUCAAAGUUGCAGUCUAAUGCUGAAUUGAGAAAAGAUGACAAAACUAAGACUCCUGUUCCUGCUAAGGAGCAUCCUGUAAGUAGGCCUACCUUGGAGGGGAAACACUCUUUGUUGGCUCCAGUCAGUAGUCAUACUACAGAAGGGAAAUUAUCUGUUUCUGGUUCUGCUGGAACAAAACCUAGUACUCCCAAUAAUGCUAUUUAUCAGCUGCAAAAUCCACAAUCUAGGAAUUUUGCCAAGCCUGAGAGUAAGGUUAUCAAGCAAUUUGAAUUGAACUCUUUGCCCUCAGCGCAUCAAAAUAAUGCUGAGCUUAUUGCUGAAAAGCAGUUUUCAAGUAAUUCAGAAAUGUCAGGUUCAAGGUCUAAAGAACCAGCACCAAGAAACAUAAAUAUUUCGCAGCCUGUACCUUUUAAGCAGCCGGAUACUAACGGAGUUGUUACUGGAGGGUUGCCUAAUGGAAAAGUCAACAACAGAGGUUUGAAUAAUAAGAUGAGUAAUCCAUCUUCUGACACAGUUCCUAAUCACACGGCUAGAGCAGCUUACUUUGCUCAUGCGCAGGAGCAGGGUCUUAGUGACCCUGUUCAGUUGAUGAGAAUGUUGGCUGAAAGGGCUCAGAAGCAGCAGAAAUCUUCAAAUCAAUCUCCAGUUGAAACUCUACAAGCCACGCCCUCGGUUCCAUCUACAAGGAGAGAUGACUCAGGCAAUGCUUCAGCAGCUGCUGCCCGUGCAUGGAUGUCCAUAGGGGCUGGAGGGUUUAAACAAGCAACAGAAAAUUCAGGUGUGCCCAAAGCUCAGAUAUCUCCGGAUCCAUCAUACAACCCAACUCAGGAAUUCCGUCCACAAAUUUCUCAAGUUCGGGGAGAGUUUCCGCUUUCUGGGGGGAUGCAAACCCAGUCUGAAAGGAAGAGUUUUCCACUUCAGCCUUUUGUACCACAACCUGUUCGUGUGGGCAAUGAAGCACAACUCCAAAAUCGACCUAUAGUUUUUCCCCAGUUAGCACCGGCUGACUUGUCUAGGUUUCAAGUGCAGUACCCUUGGCGAGGUCUUAGUCCUCAUACCCAACCAAGGCCAAAACAGGAGACACUUCCUCCAGACUUGAAUAUUGGUUUCCAGUCUCCAGGGUCUCCAGUGAGACCAUCCUCUGGUGUUCUGGUUGAUUCGCAGCAGCCAGACCUGGCUUUGCAGCUUUGAUUGAGGAUUGGUUUUCAGAGGAAUCAGACAGAUAGGGAAGAGAGCGUAGGUCAAUUUAGCUCCUGUCUCAGCAACAUAAAUUUUGUUAAAGUCUCCCAUGCCUUAGUUGCAUAAUUGCAAUGAAUGUGAAUGCCACCGGUUUGAUAUUCUGAGAUUUUGGUGUUCCCUAGUCCUGGAUUAAAGGAUGGAGACGUGUUGAAUCAUUUUACUUUUUGAUUGGGGUUUGCGCAUACAGAGAAGGAUUUAGUUAGUCAGAGAGCUUGCUUGAGAUGGAGUGAUGCCGGUGGAUUUGAGGAAAGACCGUCUUAUUUGCUAAAUGAGGAUUACUGACUUUCAGCGGUGGAGUUUAUAUCAUUUCAAGGAGCUAAAACAUUUGAAAAUUUCAGCAGCAGAUCAUUGAUUUUAUGAAUAUUAGCGAUUGUUUAGAAGUUCUUAAGUCUGACGGUGACGGUAAAUGCAUAAAAUGUAGUUGAUGCCUUGUACAUUUGUUACAGGUGGAUGAGAAUCAGUUGUUUAGCUUCUAGUUCUUAUGAUGCUUAUCAUGUAAUUGCAUUUUAAUUCCAGUUAAUACUGCCAAUAUUUAUGUAAAUGAAUAUUAUAAUCUCUGAAAUGGAAAUUUUCUACUGUUCUCUUA